AUGAAGGCCAUGAUGGCACAGUUGGACGUGCUCACAAAGGCGUUGGUACCGGAUCCUGUGGUACCAAUGGUACGUAGCAAGAUUGUUGCGGGGACCAUCGGGGUAGGUCCUGGAGAUUCUCAGAGAAAGAGAAAGGACUACCUAGAUGCACUGGAGCAUAUCGCGAGGCUAAAGACAAAACAUUUUCCGGGUAGUACGGACCCGAUCGUGGCUGACGAGUGGAGCAGUCGACUUGAAUCCCAUGACUGGUGGGUAUCAGUGGAGAAACGUACAGGUGGUAAAGUCCUAACCUAUGCGGACUUUGAGAUAGAAUUCAACAAGAAAUUCUUUCCCCCGGAGGCUUGGGACCGACUGGAAAGCGAGUACCUGAAUCUCGUACAAGGGGAGAUGACGGUACGCGCGUAUGACGUUGAGUUCAGUCGCCUUAGGCGCUUUGUGGGAAAGGAAGUUGAGGAUGAGAAAGCACAAGUACGUCACUUCAUCCGCGGACUAAGGGUGGACAUCCGCAACCAUUGCGUAAACGGUGUCUUUAACUCGGUCAUGGAAGUGGUGGGAAGGGCGGCCAUGAUUGAAGCUGGGAUAGAGGAGGAGAAACAGCUCAAACGCGAGAAAGUUUCUUCUCGUUCGACCCACCCAGCCAAAACCACCGACCGAAAGAGGAAGUGGGACAAGGUGGAUAACGCAAGGUCUGAACCCAAGUAUGGGGAGUGCAAGACUUGCGGAAAGUACCACAGCGGUUCUUGCUGGAAGGUCGUGGGUGCAUGCGGACGCUGUGGAAGUAAGGACCAUGAGAUCCGAAACUGUCCAAGGAUGGACAAUGGCAAUGGGAUACCAUCAAAUUCCGAUAGAGCCAUCAGACAUUCAGAAAACGGCUUUUUGGACGAGGUACGACCACUUUGA